AAGCGAUAAGUAGUGGAAGCACCGGUAUUGGCAAGUUGACAGGAGACAGCAUCCACUUCUUCACACCCACUUCUCUUCUUGGGAAGGCUCGGAGCAGGUUUCAAGCAGUGGACACACGAAGAAACAGUAGAUCUCAUCGUCCUCUAUUCUGCUCGUGGCCAGCAGAGACCUAUUGCGGAGGACGUCUUCUAGUCGCGUCGGCAGUGCAUGCGUGCCCAUGCACCCAUCGUCUAACAGGAUGGUAUUCCCGAUGCUGGGGAGAAUACCGCCAAGGGCAAAGCUGCUCUUUUCUUUGCUGCUCGUGGUGCUGGCAAUCGACACAUGUAACGCAGAAUGCCCUAAAGGCAAACAUCAAAGUGGCAACGCUACCAGCCCCUGUGUUCCUCUCAAGACCAUCUGCCCAGGCACAGAUAAGGCAAUGUACUCCUGGAUGGCUCUCGCUGGCUUGCCGGUUCAUCCGCACGCUAACGAGCCCAGCCUCACGGAAAAGGCCAAUCUGAGGCAAGCCCGCCGUUUAUGCCAGCGUCGAGGAUACGACGUGAUCGAUUAUAGCGCCUUCACCAACAGGACCAAGGGCGUGCGCGGCUGCAUGGAAGCAUUGCUCCAAAAGAUGAUGGCGAGCACUUACGGCAGCACUAUCAUCGUAUGGACGUCGCACGUGUACAGAGGGGAGCAUGUCCUUUUCAAGCAGGACAAAAACAACCAUGAUGAAGCGGUAUUUGACCGGGCUGGAACAACCCUUAAUGACGUCAUUUGCGAAGCUAAAUGGAUUCAUGCUUUCUCCUCAGCAUACGUCGCAGCAACACCGGCAUCGAGACGUGCCGUUACCCAGCCUUUUGCGCGUGAAGCUUGUCAGCAGUACGGACUAAACUUUAUAACCGUGGACUGGCUGCAAGCACAUGGCCAUGUAUUCAGAGAGCGCUGGCUACAACGAUUGCCUAUAGAGCAUAACCCUCAUCACGGCACCAAGCCCUUCCACGUCGAACCAAUCUCGGCGGAUGGCGAACACCAUUACAGAACCGUAACGUUUAGCAGCGGAAGUCAUACGAUUCACAACGCCCCAAGCGAUGAGCAAGCCCGGAUCCUCUGUGUCAAAUUCUGUGAGAACAAAGGUGUUGUUGCAGCAAACAUGAGUUGUGUGUGUAACCGCACCACAUCCUACGGCGAACGAUGUGAAAAGGCAUGCGACUGUUUGAAUCAAGGUCAUUGUGACGACACGGGUAAAUGCAUCUGCCCGAAAGAAUUUACCGGUAACAAGUGCCAAUCGGUUGUGUGCACGAAUCCCUGGGUGAAAAAGAACAAAGAAUGUGAAUGUAAACCCAGACUAGAUGGACCUAAGUGCACAGAAGUAUGCCAUUGCUUGAAUCAUGGGAAGUGUGCUGAAGACGGUACCUGCGUCUGCCAGAAAGGUUUCCAUGGAGACCUGUGUCAACAGACUUUUAAGACAAAGUGCCUGGGUACAGAUAACGCAACGUACACCUGGAUGGCUCUCGCCAGCUUGCCGUGUCAUCCAGACCUGGACGGUGACAGCUGCCAGAAGAAAACGAACUUGACGCAUGCCCGCCAGAUGUGCAAGAGAAGAGGAUACGACUGA